UUUAAUACAAGUCAAAGACUGACGUCAAACGUCACCGAAUAAUAGUCCAUUUCGGCGACUUUGUUUGGGCUUCAUAGUUCCCAGUAGGGAUGCAUUUCGCACUGUAAUGUGUUAUUCUUCUGUACAAGCACCGUUUGUUUUGGAUUAAUUGGAAACUGUAGAAUAGAUCAAAUGGCAAACUCAUUUAAAGCUAAAGUCACAGAGUGGUCUCAAAAAAUCAGAAAGGAAACAAGAGUGUUAGACAAACAAAUAAGAGAUAUCCAAAGAGAACAAGAAAAAGUCAAGCGGUCGAUCAAAGAAUCAGCCAAAAAAGGCAACAAGGAUGUUUGUGUCAUUCUGGCUAAAGAGUUGGUCCAGUCCAGACGAGCAGUGACGAAGCUCUACUCCUCCAAAGCUCACAUGAACUCUGUUCAGCUCAGCAUGAAGAACCAGCUCGGUCUGCUGCGUGUGGCUGGGGCGCUGCAGAAGAGCACAGAGGUCAUGAAGGCCAUGCAGAAGCUGGUUAAAGUUCCGGAGAUCCAGGCCACAAUGAGGGAUCUCUCCAAAGAGAUGAUGAAGGCUGGCAUCAUCGAGGAAAUGCUUGAAGACACGUUUGAGGGCAUGGAGGACGAAGAGGAGCUGGAGGAAGAGGCAGAGGAGGAGAUUGACAACAUCCUCUUCGAGAUCACAGCAGGAGCCAUCGGCAAGGCGCCCAGCAAAGUCACGGACCCUCUCCCGGAGAUGCCCGGAGGAGCGACCGCUGCGUCCGACGAGGAGUCCGAGGAAGACAUCGAGGAGAUGCAGUCCAGGUUGGCAGCCCUGAGGAGCUAAAGGUGACCCGACUGACCGGUCCACAUGGGGUCACUCGCUCCUCCGAAGAGACUUUAGUGGUGCAGUUUUACCGAGCGUCUGUCUGCGCAUGGAUCGCGUCUCAUGUUAUCGGUUCUGGGCUUUUGCUUUAUUUUAUAUCGACUUAGUGUGGGGAGGCGUGUUCUGCCCUCACCUGAGGAAGUCUGUUUUACUGCUCGCGGCUUUCCUGGGAUUAUCGUGACGGAGAUCGAGUCAGAGCUGGCUCACUUCAGAGUCAUGGCACUCAUGGAAGUUCAGAUUCAUUCAUUCAAACCAAAUUGAUUUUGACGUUAAAAGGUAUUUCAGAUUAUUGUUAUUCAGAAUCACAAAUAUUUACACAGAAAAACAUCAGUGAAUCAUUUUUGAGUGGUGUUUUUGAAAAUCUGAGGAAUCACCGGGUUGCUUUGGAAUGUUGCCUUUUUUUUUACUAGUGUUUUUGACUGAAUUUCAAAAGAAGCAUUUUCUUAUCAACUAUGAAACCAAAACAAAGAGUUAAUUCAGAAAAACAUGGUGAGAAGCUAAGCCUUUUUUUAUGACCAUGUUUAAAAAAAUU